AGAGCGCGGAAGCUCUUCCGCACCGGGUCCCUGAUGCCACCGACCUCAUUAUUUUGACUGCUGGGUGAUGCCAGGCAGCCCGGCGAGCUCCUCAGGUGAGCGUGGCAGGCUAUGGGAUGGAUGAAGCUGAGCAGGACCAGUAUGAAGCUCGCCUCAAGGAGCUCUUCGACAGCUUUGACAGCACGGGCACGGGGUCCCUGGGGCAGGAGGAGCUCACUGACCUCUGCCACAUGCUGCACCUGGAGGAGGUGGCCCCGGCGCUGCAGCAGACCCUCCUCCAAGGCAACCUCCUAGGCAGGGUCCACUUUGACCAAUUUAAAGAAGCACUUAUCCUCAUCUUAUCCAGAACCCUGUCAAAUGAAGAGCACUUCCAAGAACCAGAUUCUUCCCCAGAAGCCCAGCCCAAGUACAUCAAAGGUGGCAAACGCUACGGCCGGCGGUCCCUGCCGGAGUUCCAGGAGUCGGUGGAGGACUUUGCUGAGGUGACCGUCAUCGAGCCGCUGAGCGAGGAACCGCAUCCCCCGCUCAUCGCGUCCAGCGGCUGCCAGGAGCACUGGAAGACGCGAGACAGCGAGGAGUACGAGGCCGAGGGGCAGCUGCGUUUUUGGAAUCCAGAUGACCUGAACGCCUCCCCCAGCGUCUCGCUGCCCACCCCGGACUGGAUAGAGGAGAAGCUGCAGGAGGUCUGUGAGCACCUUGGCAUCACCAGGGAUGGCCACCUGAACCGGAAAAAACUCGUCUCCAUUUGUGAGCAGUACGGGCUCCGAACGGCGGCCGGGGAGGUGCUUGAAGAGGUGCUCCAUAACCUGGAGCAAGAUGGCACCAUGAGCAUAGAGGACUUCUUCUACGGCUUGUUUAAAAAUGGAAAGUCACUGACACCCUCAGCGUCCACUCCGUACAGACAGCUGAAAAGACACCUCUCCAUGCAGUCCUUCGACGAGAGCGGGAGGCGCACCACCACCCCCUCGGCCAUGCCCAGCACCAUCGGCUUCUGCCUCUUCUCCAGCCUGGACGACGGGAUGGGCUACGGCUGCGUGGAGGGUGUCCUCGACUGCUGGCACCAGGAGGGCGUUGAGAACAGCCAGGAGAUCCUGAAGGCUUUGGAUUUCAGCUUGGAUGGGAAGGUGAACCUGACAGAGCUGACGCUGGCACUAGAAAACGAGCUCUUAAUAACCAAAAAUGGAGUCCACCAGGCAGCCCUGGCAAGCUUCAAAAUGGAGAUCCGACACUUGCUGGAGAGGGUUGACCAGGUGGCCAGAGAGAGGGAGAAGCUGCGAUCAGACUUGGAAAAAGCUGAGAAGCUGAAAUCCCUCAUGGCCUCGGAAGUGGACGACCACCACGCUGCCAUUGAGCGCCGGAAUGAGUACAACCUCAGGAAGCUGGAUGAAGAGUACAAGGAACGAAUCACAGCCCUGAAGAAUGAGCUCCGGAGAGAGCGGGAGCAAAUCCUGCAGCAGGCGAACAAACAGAGGCUGGAGCUGGAGCAGGAGAUAGAAAAGCUGAAAACUGAUGAGAACUACAUGCGGGACCGCCUGGCCCUCUCCCUGAAGGAAAACAGCCGCCUGGAAAGCGAGCUAUUGGAAACGGGAGAAAAACUGGCCGAGUACGAAAGUUUGGCAAGCAAACUGCAGAGGAACUUGGAGAACGUCCUGGCUGAGAAGUUUGGUGACCUGGAUCCUGGCAGCGCGGAGUUUUUCCUGCAGGAGGAACGGCUGGGGCAGAUGAGAAGCGAGUACGAGCGACAGUGCAGGGAGCUUCAGGACCAGAUAGACGAGCUGCACUCGGAGCUGGAGGAGUACCGUGCCCAGGGCAAAGUGCUCAGGCCUUCCCUGAAAAACUCGCUGUCGGAAGAGUUCGACAUCGAUAUGAAAAGUCAUGGCCAUAUCUGUAUUGAGCCCGACCAAGGACUCGGUUCAGAAGACUGCAACCCGUUAAAUAUGAGCAUAGAGGCAGAAAUGGCGAUAGAACAAAUGAAGGAGCAACACCACAGGGAUCUGCAUCACCUCAAGCAGGAGCUUGAAGACACAGUGAGCCAUUAUGAAAAGCAGUUGGAUGAGACAAAAGUCCACUGUGAAAAGGAGCAAGAGGACAUGAGGAAGAAGCACACCGAGGAGAUGCAUGUCAUGGAAAAACAAAUAUCUGGCCUUAAAAAUCAAAUUGCGGAACUGCAAGGAGAGGCAGCAGUGCUCAGAGAACAGCAGGAAAGGCUCGACUGCAAAUAUAAUGAUGAGAAAAACAAAUUAAAAAUGGGUUUCGAUGAGGAAAAAGCCCAUCUCCAAGAACUACUCAGGCAGGAGCACGAAGAAGACGUUAGAGCCAGACUGGAGCAGGUAAACGAGAAGUUCAGCCAAGAACGGGAAGAACUGGUUCAAAACAGUGUCUGGGUGGAAGAAAAGAUGAGAGUUUUAGUGCAGACGCUGCAGGAAGAGAAGGGGGAGCUGGAACGUGGCUUUCACGAGCAGCUGAAAAGGAUGGCCGAGGUGCACGCCAUGGAGAAGGAAGAACUCCAGCAAGAGCUGCUGAGGAAGCACGAGCAGGACCUGGAGGAGGAAAGGACAAAAAUGGAAAGUGACUAUAACAGAAGAGCAUCUCAUGCAGAAACUCAGUUUUCUGCCGACACACAAACCCUUGUGAAUAAAUAUGAAGAAAUGAUCCAAAAUCUGGAAGGACGUUACCGGCGAGAGUUGCAUGAACUUGCCGAACAACGGAGAGAGGAGAAAUCUCAGUGGGAGUUUGAAAAGGAUGAAAUUGCUCAGGAGGUUGCUGAAGCUCGGGAGCAACUGAAGGCAAGUCUUGCAAACGAGAAGGCCCUUUCUUCUGCCCUCACCCUGGAGAAAGAUCUCCUGGAGAAGAACUUUAAGGAGGAAGUGAACAAGCUUGUGUGCGAGAGAGAGCAGCUUCAGAAGGAGCUGCGAGACCUGAGGAAUGCUGCUGAGAAGCAAGAGAAAAAGCUGAAUGAUAAAAUAACCCAACUCCAAAAUGACCACGAGCAAGAGCUAAAGAACAAGGAAGAGCGUAUCUCCAUGGUGGAGGAGAACGGGAAGCUGGUGAGGCAAAAGCUGGAGAGGCUUGACAAGGAAUAUAAGCAAGAGAAAGAAGACCUCAAUUCCAAACUUCUUGCUUUGGAGAGUUUAAACAAAGACAUUUCUGUAAGAGCAGAAUCAGAAAAGGCCGAGAUGAGCUUGGAAAUCUCAAACCUUCAAGAGAAAAUACAGAAAUUGCAGUGGGAGACCCGCAGUUUUUCUGCGCUGCAGAAUCAUUAUAGGGUCCUGGAGAAUGAGUACGCGAAAGCAAAGAGCAAAAUCGCUUCUUUCUGUGGGGUGGUGCCUCUGGGAGAUGAUGCAGAUGUCCUCUUAAGUCUGCAGAAGGUACACGAGCAAGCCGUGAAGGAGAACGUCAGGAUGGCUGCUGAGAUCCUCCGGCUGCAGCACAGGCUGGAGGCUACGGAGCGGGACCCCCUGCGACCUCCCAGUCCUGGCUGCUCCCAGUCCAGCUCAGAAGGUUCUCAGCUGCCAGGAGAAACUGAGCCCCUUUUUGAAGGGUCUCCUGGCCAUUGUAAAGACGCAGAUGAGGGACCAGAUUCGAACGUCCUCCCGUUUUUGGAGGCUGAUGCUACAGACCUGGAAGAAAUGACUGAGAUUGACUCAGAUUGGGAGAACGCAUGCGUUAAAGCAGAUGGUUGUGCACUCAAGGUGCAGGCACGUCGGACACAUGGAAGUCAAGCAGGGCUGGAAGCUGGUGGCCAUCAGGAUUGUGACACCAACCAAGAGCUGCAUUCUCAGGUGCCCCUGCUGCAGAAAAAGAGAGACCUCGAGAAAGCUCUGGGGAGAGUAGUACCCGGGCCAAAAGUGCUACACAACGACAUGAAACAGCAGAAUAUUCACCUGCUAAAUCACAGAAUCGCUCCCCAAAGUAAAGGGUUGGUUUCUGAUGCUUUGAAGUUGCAGGUUGAGCUCGAGAAAGCUGAAGAACUGAGUGAAGCCUCUCUCCAGCUUGAUCAUGCUGCUGGGUCGGCAAGUGGUGACCUGAAAAGCGUAAUAGCUCAGCUUUGGCAAAGGGUCGAAGAGUUAGAAGACAGAUUGACGGCACAGGCUGAGCUCCUGUCACUGCAAGAGGAAAUUCAGGUAGAAAACGAGGAUCUGAAAUCCGAAAUGAUGAUGUUAGUUGAAAAAAACAAAGCACUAGAAGACAAGCUGAGAAGCCUUCACAGCAGACUAGAGGGAAGUAAACCUGGAGGUAUUAAGCUUAGAGAGGAAAACGCACAGCUCCUCCAAAAAGUCAAAGAAUUGGAAGACACCCAAGAACACGAUGCUCAAGGAAACGUAGGGGGGCACAGUGAGAAGCUCAGGAAGCUGGGAGAGGAUGCUCCCACCUUUACAGGUCUGCAAGAAGAGCCUUCCCAAAGCCACACCAGGGGGUCGUUGGAGAAGAGGGAGCUGCAAGAGCCCAACAGAAGGUGGAAAGUUGCCGCUACGGUUGACCCGAACGACACGUGUUUCCAGGAAGAGAGGAACACAGCGACGCACGGCUUGCAGAGCACCUGCACCGAGCUGCAGCACAAAGUUGAUCUUUUGAGAUGUGAAGCCGAGAAGCUCAGAGAAGAAAACGCCAUCCUGAAAAACGAAGUGACUUUAUUAAAUGAGGAAGGCAGCGCUUCCAGCCUGAAACUGAGGGAGCUAAAUGGAUCCCGAGAAGAAAUGCGGCAAAAGAUAGAGGCUGUGAGAAAGGAGAAAGUGGCUGUACAGAAGAUGGUUGACAACCUGAAGAAGCAGGUAGCAGAUCUGAAGACCCGCAAUCAGCAGCUGGACUCUGAAAACACAGAACUCAGCCAGAGGAACUCCAAAAAUCAAGCAGAUGUGCAGGAUCUGAAUCAACAGCUGGCAAGGGUGCUCAAGCAAAAGGAAGGGGGAAAGUGUACCCUGGAAGAAUGGGAAAAGGAGAGACUGGUUCUGAAAGAGGAACUGGAAACCUCCAAAGUAAAGUCAUCAAAUAUGGUGUCUUCCUUGGAGAUGGAGCUCUCAAAAAUGAAGGUUCAAGCUCAUAUAUUGGAGCAGGAGAACCACAUCCUCAAGCAGGAACUUGAGAAGACAAAACAGCUGCCCAGAUGCCCUGAUCUCGCUGACCUCCAAAACGAAGUUUCGAGCUUAAUUGCUAAAAAUGAAAAGCUGCAGAAAGAAAAAGAAGCCCUGAGUGAGGAAUUAAAUAGAUGUAUCGAUAAGGUAGCUAAAGUAAGCUGCUUAGAGAACGCACUUGGCAGCUUGAAGCAGGAACAGAAGUCCUGGGAGCAGCAGAGUCAGGCGCUGAAAGCCCAGCUCACCGUUUCACAAGAGAAGGUGCAGGGUCUGGAUGAAACGCUGCAAAGCACCCACCUGCAGAUGUCCCGGCUCAAGUCGGAUCUACGGGUGACCCAACAGGAGAAGGAAACUCUGAAACAAGAAGUGAUGUCUUUACACAAGCAACUGCAGAACGCCAAUGAAAAGAACCGGGUUCUAGCACUGGCUGUGCCUUCCUCAGGGCUGCAGGACCAACAGGGGCAACUCCACUGGGACCAACUGGAGCAGCUGAUGAAACAGGAGCAGCAGCUCCUCAGGCAGGAGAACGAGAGGCUGCAGAGAGAGGUCCAGAGCAGUAAAACAGACCUGACGCACUCCAGGGAGAAGAUCAGACAGCUGGAAUCUACUAUCCUCUCCCUAAAGCACCAAAAGCAUCAAAGCCAGUCGGGUAUCGUCAAAGCCAUAGAGCAAGAGAAAUUAAGCCUGAAGAGAGAGUGCGAACAGCUUCAGAAGGAGCUGUCAUCUGCAAACAGGAAGAUCAGUCAGAUGAAUUCUCUCGAACGCGAACUGGAAACCAGCUCGGAAAAUGAAGGGCUAAGAAAAAAGCAAGUCAAACUGGAUGAUCAGUUAAUGGAGAUGCUCCACUCGAGCGGCAGCGUGAUGCUUAGCCCGUCCCCGCACGCCCGGGAGCUCCAGCAGCAAGGCUGUGCCAUGGUGCCCAAGGAACAGUUCCUGCAGCUCCAACACCAGCUACUACAGGCGGAGAGGAGGAGUCAACGUCUUCAGGAAGAGCUUGAAAGCAGACCCUCUGAAACAAACAUGCAACAGGGGGGUCAUGAGCAGCUUCUAAAAAUGAUGGAAGAACGUAUGAUGGAUGUUGAACAGAAACUUCGACUUGUGAAAAGGCUUCUCCAAGAUAAAGUAAAUCAGCUGAAAGAACAACUUUCCAAGAACACUAAAGCAGACGCAAUGGUCAAGGAUCUCUACGUUGAGAACGCACAACUGCUGAAGGCUUUGGAGAUGACAGAACAGCGGCAGAAAACUGCCGAAAGGAAAAACUAUUUACUAGAAGAAAAAAUCGCCAACCUCAAUAGAAUAGUGAAGAACCUGGCGUCCCCAUCGUUUAAUUCAGCAUCCGAGAUAAGGUCAUAGCAGAGCUGUUAAGGCUGCCACAGUCCCAUGCACUUUACUGAAAUGUUAAUAUUUCAGCUUUUCACUGUGUUGCCUUUUUGUAUCGAUGUAUUUUAGUUAACAGAUUCCUCCAGGGAGAGGACAGAGCUAAAUCCCAAACCGGACACUGCCAAAAGAGAACUUUUGUUUAUUCCCACACUGGUUUUUUUGCUAAGUUUUGCCUAAAAGUAAUGUUCCCUAUGUAAAAAAAAAAGUCACAUUUUUCUAGGGUAACUUAUUUUGAUACUUUGGUUGUAAUUUAAAUUAUAAAUCCUGAAUUUACUGUACUGAAUCAAUUAUUCCUCUCUAGAAUGAAGCCAAGGUCUAUUAGGUUACUGAAUUCAAAACUUUAAAUUAUUUUUGGCUUUCUAGGAUAUUUCAUGGUCCAAACUUAGUAAUAGUGAUAGGUGAGUCUUCAACACUGUCAGUAUAACUGCUGUUGAAAGCAAGACUUUCCUGAUAUGGUCUGUUCCCUGCAAACUCAUUCUGGUUUCCCUAAAGCAAUGUGCUUCUGGGUUAUUCUUCAUGGCUGUUUCUCUGCAGAGCUCAGAAAAAUGUUUUCUUCAAAAAAACGUAAGUUGACUACUGCCUCCAACUGAGUGUUACGAUAUUUCAUCCGAAGAGAUUAUCCAGCUGGCAAAUAAAGACUACUAUUAUUUUCUUUCUAAGCUGUGCUGCCAGAAAACUUAAAAAUUUUAGAAGCCUUAAUUUGGUUUUUGUAUGUGGAAAUAAGUUAUGCUAAACAAAGGAAGAGUCACUACACAGAGUGAAGAUGUGAGGUUUGUUUGUAUAAUUUGUAAAUUUAGCAGAGCAGUGGGGGUAUGUUUAUUAAACAACUGGCAGAAGAAUGAAGAGGGGGACUCAAGUGAUUUCUUCAGUGAAAUCCUGUCGCUGGGUCUCCCCACAGGGACUUUUGCCAUUAAUGCAGUGUUCAAAACGAACAUUAUUAAGUGUUCAUUUCAAAAGUUUCAAAUUUCAAAAUGAAAUUAUCACUCAACCUGAGUGAUAGUUUGGAAAGGCCUGUCCUUUGUAGUAGGUCCUAGUAGAGAAUAUGUUUGUAACUACUUGUGAAGAACCACAUUCGAUGUGAAUAUGAAGAACUCAGGGAAUAACAGCCUAAAUUAGCUUCCUUCAACACUGUAAGUGUGGAUAUUAAUGUCAAUAGAUGAAGCUAAAUAUGCAUUAGGAAAAGCAGGAUAAACCAAAUUGUAUUUGGAUGAUUAUUACCUUAGUACUCCUAGACCAACACGCAGAAGUGCUGCAGUCCUGAGGGUGAAAGAGCAUCAGGGUUUGUAAUGACAGGUAAUGCCUCCUAUUUCAUCAGUCGAUGAGGCUAAUGAGGAAAUGCAAAUUUUCUGGGAACACCUUAGAGACUGAGAUGGGUCUGGCAGAGAAGCAGCUGAGUAAGAGCUCGCAUGUUCAAAUGCUUGUGUAUAACCUCUUGCUGCACAUAGUCUAAAUGCCUUGCCUCCCUCAGACCAGUAGGAAGCACUUAAACAAUGUAAAUAAAACUGGUGAAAGGGGCCAUACUGGUGAUACUUGAAACCGGACCUCUUUAAAUAUGCACGAGCUGAGGAUGCAGAGGAAGAGGGUGAGAUGCUUUGUCUCUGAGACCGCUAGCCAGGUGAUCAAUGCUGACAGCAUUUGUAAUGAGCCAAAAGUCCUGCCAGAAACCGGAAUAAUACUGCCUACAAGCUGUGGAGUAACCUAUGGAAAGUGACUUUCACUCAGUACUAAUUAGCCUGUGGCUGUAGGGGGUGAUAAACUAUGUGCAUAUGGUUACUUACCAGUUUUGGAGGGUUGAGGGACUGAAUUAGACAUACAGGGUAUGACCUCCUCAUCCUCCGUUGCUUUUUGCGGGCGCUAUAGUGGAAAUGGAAAUAUAAUCAUGUAAGAAGAACUUGUUGGAGUAUGACGAAUUUCCUUAUAAACGAUUUCGCUGCUAUGCUGUUCUCAGUGCCUGUACUAGGUGUUUCUCUAAGCAAUCUCAAAUUCAAGGAUUUACAUAUCCCAUUUUUCAGAGGGUACAAAAGUUCUUUUCAAAAAUUCGAAACGUGUCAAAUUGACAAAUUGCAUUGAUAUAAAUCAGAGCUUUUAAAAACGUGAAGCGGUAACAUCUUGUUCCUUUUAAUCAAAAAGUGGAUUAAGUUAUAAUAAGUCUCUAUGUGGGGGUAGCAGGGCUGUGUGUUAGCAGUAUGGGGAUAAAGCACACCCUAAAACCAUGCCCAUGCUACAGAAAUUAGCAAAGUUUCCAAGUACUUCCAGGAAACAAUUUAAAUGAGGCUCAGAUUAUUAGAACUGUAUUUGGAAAAAUUUCAUUAGCUACCACACUUUAAUGCUACUUCAUAUCUUGGCCUAGGUUUACUUCUAACACUCAGUCUGUGCUCGAAGUCUGAAUGCUGAACAGACGAGUGCUUCGCUUAAACUAUUAUGGAAUUAAUUCCACAUUAUUCAGUUUUAAAGGCUAGACUACUUAAGUAAUUAUUUUCAUCUCCUGGUGGUUACCAGGUUUUUAUAAACCAAACAUACAGAUGUUUCUAGAGCACAGUACCAAAAAGGGAGCCCAGAUGUUGGAAUGGAAGGGAGAAACAGAGACAAGGGACUUUGAUUUCUCCCUUUCUCACCCUGUCCUGCCUUGCUCUACUUUUCUUUCGCGUAGCUUCAAAAAAACUGACCAGCCACAGGAGAGAGGAGGAGGAGGAGGGGGGAAAUAUUCUUUAGACCAAACUCCAAUUUCACUGGAACACUUGUGUGAAUUAAUUCUCAGAAGUGCCUUGAGUAAUUCCAUGUUCUUGAGUCUUUCUGUACUGUACCGGUUUUGUUGCUACAGGACAAUUCAGGACAAAGGUAGCGCCGCUUAGAAAUGAGCGUCACAUUAUUUAUUGGUUCAUUAUAUCAGCUCAAAAGAUAAAGCAGCUGGUUUUACAGAGUCUAGGCUACUGAAAAGAAACAUAUAAACAUGUCAGUUAUUGGCCAUUAGCUGUCUUUUGUGCAUGAAUGUGUCUCCUAUGCAGUAUAGGCAUCUUAAAGAUACCAAAGUAUUUAAUGGUAUUGUACCUGUCUGAAGUCACUGAAUUUCUAGGCCUCAUUUACACAAGUCUUGCCAAUUAAGAUAUUGACUACUUUAUUACCAGAAGGUGUUUUAGAUGUUUUCACCUCUUGCUUUAUAAAUCACUGUGAAAAUAAAGGCACACGGAUAUCUCGGGUUGGGAGUUUUUGGAAGAGGAAAGAGCCCAAGUUAGAUUGAAAUGCACUGAAUUCACACAGUUGAAGUGCUACUUGUCUAUUUAAAAUUAUUUAAAAGUAUAGAUUAUCGCACAUUCUCCAAUUAUGACUUUAAACAUGAGGAAAAUUGAAUUCAUUGCAUUCUGAUUGAAGGGGGGGGGUGAAAAGUAUUGUAACAUAUUUGAUUUUAGCCAGAUUAUAUGUAAGGCAGAGCAGGGGCCAGACUGGAUCUAUCAAGAGUAAAAUCCUUUUGUUUACUUUUAGCAAAUGGCAUCACUGUCUCUCAGGUUUUCCAUCAUUUACCUGUUCAGUCUCCUGUUCGGUGUCAGAUGCUGUCACUUUGUGACAAACGACUUCUGUAUAAAUGAAAAACAAUUGUGUAUUUUUUUUUCUACUGAGUUUGUUUUGUUCUGCUGUAAUAUAUUGUCCUUUACAACAUCAUGUAAAACUGUAAGAUGAACCAAUUUACACAUUAUUUAUAAUGAAUGUAAAAAAAUUAAAAAUAAAUAAAUUGCUGUAUGAUCCAUA